AUGGAUUUUUCUUCCACCAUUGCCACCACUCCAACACCACCACCAUCUCUGCCGCCACGGAUCCAUUACUACCGCCGCUACUGCUACCACCACUCCACCACCACCUCUCAUCCACUUCCAUCGCCACAACCGCCAGUACUCUACAACCACUGUCGCCACUUCUUCAUUACCGUUGUCACUCCACUACUACUAUCACUACUACCACUACCUAUCUUCGACUACCACCAUCACCACUCUACCAUUGCCGCCACUAACUCUCUUCCACAACCAUUACUACCACUGUCACCGUCCCCACUUUACCACCAUCACCGUUACACCACCACCACUACUACUUCACCACCACCAUUACUACCACUGCCACUAUUCCACCAUCGCCGCCCCCGCCACUGCAUCACCACCACUACCACCAUCACCUCUCUAUUACUUCCACCACCACGACCACUAACACUAUCCCACCACUACCAUUACCACUGUUGCUGCUACCAUUUUUCUUCCACCACCACUGCUUUAUUUUACCACUACUGUUGCCACCACUCCACUUCCACCGCCGCCACUCCACUACCACCACUAGCACUCUAUCUCCACCACCACCACUAG